AUGCCUCUAAUAGAGCAGUAUGACAGGGCGGCAGAUCCAGAAGAUCAUCUGGAGACUUUCAAAGCUCUGAUGUAUCUGCAAGGACCCUCUAACGCGAUCAUGUGCAGAGCAUAUCCAUCAACAUUGAAAGGAUCAGCAAGGCAAUGGUUCUCGCAUCUUAAGCCACAAUCCCUGGCUAGCUUUAUAGAUCUGGGAAGAGCUUUCUUAGCUAACUUUAUGAGCACCAGGAUCCAUAAAAAGACCGCGACAAACCUAUUAGCCAUCAGACAACAAACGGGAGAGUCAACCAGGGAAUUCCUCACCAGAUUCAAUAGGGAGGCUUUGGAAGUACGAGAUUUGGAUCCAAUGGUAACAUUCCAAGCUCUCAGCAGUGGAAUUAGAGAUAGGAAAUUGAAAGAGUUUCUAAUUAUGGAAGAACCAACAAACAUGUAUGAUCUCUAUUCAUGGUGUGAGAAACACAUCAACUUGGCGGAGGUUCUCGCUGCAGAGCAGCAAAAAGAGUCAAGAAGUGAAAGGAAAGGUCAAGAAAGAAAAGAACAACCAAUUAAUGGCAACAAGUUGAUGGAGAACAGAGAGCAAUGA